GCGCGGGACAUACGCACAUAAGAAAAAGAGGGCGAUGAACGGAGCAAGCAGAAGAUAGCACCGAAGAGGGGAAAGCAAAUGAAGAACGAUCAUCUCUGCAAAUCCUAACAUCAUUCCCCCUCAUUCUUUCUUUCUUUAUGUAUACUUCCCUACUUCUCCAUGGAAGCUCUGAUCGAACUCUGCGACUUGAUUUCUCAGAACCCGGCACAAUUUGCGGGGAAGCUUUCCUGGAUUUGCAGCAGAUGUCCUCCUCCGGGUUCCCUCCUCGCCGGAUCUCAUAGGAUUACACGGUCUCAGCUCAAUGCGGUACUCGCCGUCGCUAGAUUUCUUUCCAAAUGCUCUUACGAGUUCGACCUCCGACCCAAAUCGGUGGUCAUCGAGUUUCUCCGGUCAAUUCCGGAUUCGUUUCGUCAAUCUUUUUGGCCGCAGUCAUUUGGAAUAGAACCUAUCUCCGUGUUCUAUUCCGAUUUCCUAGGUUAUAUUGUGGAAGCGUCGGAGUUAUCUGCGGAUUUCGCUGCCGAAGUUGCUGAUUUUAUGGGGGAAAUCAUCAUAGCGGCUACUACUAUUGUCAGUGAUGACGUGGGAAUCUCUAAAGCUUUCUUGACGGCCGUGUCGCAGAACUGCCCGCCAAUUCUUUCCUCGGAAGCUGAGAGGUUGGUUUGUUGUCUCUUGGAUCAGUUUGCGGUUGGUUCUCCGAGUUCACCCAGGGAGGCGGUGCCUAUAGCUUCAGAGACAUCCUCUACCCAAAGUUCGCCGCUUGCAGGGAACCGGUUCCAAGUGAAUGAGAGUUGGAGUCCGGGAAAUGAAGCGAACAAUGCCUCCGGAUCGUCGAGUAGCACAACUUCUAAGGGUGCAGAUGAUGCCACUACUGCAUCCUCAAGGGGUACUGUAGUGAAUGGUAUCAGCAUUGGCUGGAGGAGCAGUGUGGACCAAUUGGGUACUAGUUUUGGGUUCAAUGACGGGGGAGAAGGAGGUGCUGCCAUGUUGAGGCAGCAAGUCGUCAUUUUCGAAGAAGAGACCUUGGAGGGUUUGGAAAGACAAGAGGUCGCCUUGAGGCUACUUGGGCACAUAGUGGAUAAGGUCCCCAUCAAGGCCGGGCAUUUGGAUCAGGCGAGGAUUGUUGCGAAGAAGCAGCUCCAAUCUUUAUCAGCGUUUCUGAAGAUAAGGAAGCGUGACUGGACAGAACAGGGAACCCCGCUGAGAGUCAGAAUUGUUACAAAAUUAUCUGUUUUCCGAGCUGCAGCACAGUUGCAAAUCAAAAGUCUUGCGUCCAUUGAUUCUGAUGGGAAAUCAUCAAAGAAGUUGUUGCUCGAGACACUUGCAUUGCUAAUUGAUGCUGCAGAAGCUUGUUUGCUUUCCGUGUGGAGAAAGCUGAGAAUUUGCGAAGUGCUGUUCAACUCAUUGCUUUCUGGAAUCUCACAAAUUGCUGUUACACGGGGAGGUCAGCUUUUACGUGUUCUGCUUAUUCGCUUGAAACCGCUUGUUCUGACUACAUGUGCCCAGGGAGAUACGUGGGGAAACAGCCAGGAUGCCAUGUUUGAGAGUGUCACAAAGACAAGCUGUGAGAUUAUCGAAUUUGGUUGGCGCAAGGAUCGCGCUCCUGUAGACACUUUUAUAAUGGGAUUAGCUGCAAGUAUUCGUGAACGAAAUGAUUACGAGGAACAGGGUGGAAAAGAGAAACAAGCAAUUCCUGUCAUCCAGCUUAAUGCUAUACGCUUGCUAGCAGAUCUGAAUGUCUCUGUUAAUAAGGCUGAAGUUGUGGACAUGAUAUUGCCUCUAUUUAUUGAAAGCUUAGAAGAGGGUGAUGCUUCGACUCCUGGUUUAUUGCGACUCCGACUUCUUGAUGCUGUUGCUCGCAUGGCAAGUUUGGGUUUUGAGAAAUCCUAUCGUGAGACAGUUGUUCUGAUGACAAGAAGCUAUCUGAAUAAACUUUCAACCAUAGGAUCUGCAGAAAGCAAAACAUUGGCUCCUGAGGCCACCACAGAGCGUGUAGAAACUCUUCCUGCAGGAUUCCUUCUGAUUGCUACUGGUCUUACUAAUCCUAAAUUGCGAUCAGACUAUCGUCACCGUUUACUAUCUUUAUGUUCAGAUGUAGGGCUAGCUGCAGAAUCAAAAAGUGGAAGGAGUGGAGCAGAUUUUUUGGGGCCUUUACUUCCUGCAGUUGCUGAAAUUUGUUCUGACUUUGAUCCAACUGUAGAUGUUGAACCUUCUCUUUUGAAGCUGUUUCGUAACUUGUGGUUCUAUGUUGCUCUUUUUGGUUUGGCUCCUCCUAUUCAGAAGAAUCAACUUUCAACAAGAUCAGUUUCUACUACUAUGAAUAGCGUCGGAAGCAUGACAACCAUGUCUCUUCAAGCUGUGGUUGGGCCAUACAUGUGGAAUAGUGUAUGGUCUGCAGCUAUCCAGCGUAUUGCUCAAGGAACCCCACCCCUUGUUGUUAGCUCGGUUAAAUGGCUUGAAGAUGAGUUGGAACUCAAUGCUCUUCACAAUCCUGGCAGCCGUCGAGGUAGUGGUAAUGAAAAAGCUGCUGUAGCUCAAAGAGCAGCUCUAUCUGCUGCUUUAGGAGGACGAGUUGAAACUGCAGCAAUGAGCACAAUUACAGGUGUUAAGGCAACCUAUCUACUUGCAGUUGCCUUUCUGGAGAUAAUACGUUUCAGCAGCAAUGGUGGCAUCCUUAAUGGCCAGACUAGUUUGAGUGCUUCUAGAAGUGCAUUCAACUGCGUGUUUGAAUACCUCAAAACUCCAAAUCUAAAGCAAGCAGUCUUUCAAUGUUUGACUGCAAUUGUUCACAGGGCUUUUGAAACAGCAGUUUCAUGGCUGGAGGAUCGGAUUUCUGAAACUGGCAAUGAAGCUGAAAUAAGAGAGUCUACUCUUUCUGCUCAUGCCUGCUUUCUCAUAAAAAACAUGUCUCAGAGGGAGGAGCACAUCCGAGAUAUUUCUGUUAGCUUGUUGAUUCAACUUAGAGAUAGGUUUCCACAGAUUUUGUGGAAUUCUUCAUGUCUUGAUUCUCUUCUAUUCUCUGUCAAUAAUGAUUCAUCUUCUUCCCUUGUAAAUGAUCCUACCUGGGUAACUACAGUUCGUUCUUUGUAUCAAAGAGUUGUUCGGGAAUGGAUCAGCAAUGCACUUUCAUAUGCGCCAUGCACUAGUCAGGGUCUUCUACAGGAAAAGCUUUGUAAAGCAAAUACAUGGCAGAGAUCAGAGCAUACACCUGAUGUGGUUUCUCUUUUAUCUGAGAUGCGGAUUGGUACCGGAAAGAAUGAUUGCUGGACAGGCAUACGAACAGCUAACAUCCCUGCAGUUAUGGCUGCUGCAGCUGCUGCUUCAGGGGCAAAUUUAAAAUUGACUGAAGCUUUCAAUUUGGAGGUGCUCUCCAUAGGUAUAGUCAGUGCAACUGCUAAAUGCAAUCAUGCUGGGGAAAUUGCUGGCAUGAGAAGGUUGUAUGACAGCAUUGGUGGUUUUCAAACUGGCACCUUGUCGAUGGGUUUUGGUCUGGGUCUUGGCCUUCAAAGGUUAAAGUCAGGAGAGUCUCCUAAACUAUCACAACCUGAAAGCGAGUCCUUUAAUGGAAUACUUCUCUCAAAGUUUGUACAGCAGCUUCAACAAUUUGUUAAUGCCGCUGAGAAAGGUUUGGAGGUGGAUAAGACAUUAUUUCGAGAAACUUGUUCCCAGGCUACUGCUUUACUUCUCUCAGAUCUGGGUUCUGAUUCAAAGUCAAAUCUGGAGGGCUUCUCACAGCUUUUACGACUUCUUUGCUGGUGUCCAGCUUACAUUUCUACACCUGAUGCAAUGGAGAUUGGCAUAUUUGUUUGGACAUGGUUAGUCUCUGCAGCUCCACAAUUGGGUUCCCUUGUCCUUGCAGAGCUUGUUGAUGCCUGGUUAUGGACAAUAGAUACAAAGCGUGGUUUGUUUGCAUCUGAAGUGAGGUACUCUGGACCUGCUGCAAAAUUGAAGCCUCACCUUGUACCUGGCGAGCCAGUACUACAGCCUAAUAAGGAUCCCGUUGAAGGAAUAAUUGCUCAUAGGUUAUGGCUUGGUUUUUUUAUUGAUCGCUUUGAGGUAAUUCGACAUCAAAGUGUUGAGCAGCUAUUGCUUCUUGGCCGAAUGUUGCAAGGAACUAUGAAGUUCCCUUGGCAUUUUUCAUGCCAUCCUGCAGCUUCUGGCACCUUUUUCACUGCCAUGCUUCUUGGGCUCAAGUUCUGCUCAUGCCAGUCCCAGCGUAAUCUACAGAAUUUUAAGAUGGGGCUUCAGUUGCUGGAGGACCGGAUUUAUCGUGCCGCCCUGGGUUGGUUUGCUUAUGAGCCUGAGUGGUAUGAUACAAACAACAAGAAUUUUGCUCAGAGUGAGGCUCAAUCCAUUUCUGUAUUUGUCCAUUAUCUUUUGAAUGAGCGAGUGGAUCAAUCGGAUUCAUCUCUGAAAGGGCAGGGACGUGAAAAUGAAGGUUCUUUGGGUGAUAUGAAGGAUCAUUAUCAUCCCAUAUGGGGCAAAAUGGAAAACUAUGCUGUUGGAAGGGAAAAACGAAAGCAGUUACUGUUAAUGCUUUGCCAGCAUGAAACUGAUCGGCUUGAAGUCUGGGCACAACCUUUGAAUUCAAACCUUUUCCUCAACAGGGAUAACUUGUCUUCUAGGCCUAAACUUAGCUCAGAGAAAUGGGCUGAAUAUGCUAGGAUUGCAUUUUCUGUGGAUCCUCGGAUUGCUUUGUGCUUGGUUUCAAGGUUCCCAACAAUUUCCUCUUUGAAAGCUGAAGUAACCCAACUAGUUCAGUUGCACAUAUUAGAUAUUCGCUGCAUACCUGAAGCAUUGCCAUUUUUUGUCACUCCAAAGGCCGUUGAGGAGAAUUCAGUGAUUUUACAACAAUUGCCACACUGGGCUGCUUGUUCAAUUACACAGGCUCUUGAGUUCCUCACUCCUUCAUACAAGGGUCAUCCACGCGUCAUGGCUUAUGUUCUUAGAGUUUUGGAGUCCUAUCCUCCUGAACGUGUGACUUUUUUCAUGCCACAGUUGGUGCAGGCUCUGCGAUAUGAUGAAGGGAAGUUGGUAGAAGGAUAUUUGUUUCGAGCAGCUCAAAGAAGUGAUAUAUUUGCUCAUAUUUUGAUCUGGCAUCUUCAGGGAGAAACAUGUGCUCCAGAAUCAGGGAAAGAUGCAAGUGCUGGGAAGAACAAUGCAUUCCAAGCACUACUACCUGUUGUUAGGCAACGAAUAAUCGAGAAUUUCACUCCAAAGGCUUGCGAUUUGUUUCAAAGAGAAUUUGAUUUCUUUGACAAAGUUACAUCUAUUUCUGGUAGACUCUUUCCAGUUCCAAAGGAAGAAAGGAGAGCUGGUAUCCGGAGGGAACUGGAAAAAAUUGAAAUGGAGGGAGAAGACCUUUACCUACCUACUGCUCCUAGCAAACUUGUCCGAGGCAUUCAGGUGGAUAGUGGAAUUCCCCUGCAGUCAGCUGCAAAAGUUCCUAUUAUGAUUACAUUUAAUGUAGUAGAUAGGGAUGGGGGUCUGAAUGACAUAAAACCCCAAGCUUGCAUCUUCAAGGUUGGGGAUGACUGUCGACAAGAUGUGCUUGCUCUUCAAGUGAUUUCGCUACUCAGAGAUAUUUUUGAAGCAGUUGGACUUAAUCUCUACUUGUUUCCCUAUGGCGUUCUUCCAACUGGUCCAGAGAGGGGCAUAAUCGAGGUUGUCCCCAACUCACGGAGUAGAAGCCAAAUGGGUGAAACCACAGAUGGUGGAUUGUAUGAGAUUUUUCAACAGGACUAUGGACCUGUUGGUUCUCCCAAUUUUGAGGCUGCACGUAAUAACUUCAUAGUUAGCAGUGCUGGUUAUGCAGUUGCUAGCCUUUUACUUCAACCAAAGGAUCGACACAAUGGGAACCUUCUUUUUGAUAAUGUGGGAAGGCUUGUGCAUAUUGAUUUUGGUUUUAUCUUGGAAACUUCGCCUGGUGGUAAUAUGCGUUUUGAAAGUGCCCAGUUUAAGCUCAGCCACGAGAUGACUCAAUUGCUUGACCCAUCUGGGGUGAUGAAAAGUGAAACCUGGGCCUACUUUGUGCGCUUGUGUGUGAAGGGAUAUCUUGCUGCAAGACGCCAUAUGGAUGGCAUAAUCAAUACAGUGCUAUUGAUGGUUGACAGUGGGCUACCUUGCUUCAGAAGAGGUGAUCCAAUUGGGAAUCUUCGGAAGAGAUUCCAUCCUGAGAUGAGCGAACGCGAAGCAGCUAAUUUUAUGAUUCACACAUGCAAUGAUGCCUAUAACAAGUGGACAACUGCAGGCUACGAUUUGAUACAGUAUUUGCAACAGGGUAUUGAAAAGUAAAAUCUGUAUAUUUGUAUUAUUGUUGUUGUUUUAGUCAAUUCUUUUUCCUUCUUUAUUAUUCUGCUAUCAAGGUGCUGAGAAAGACUUGUAACUGCGGCAACAUGUCAAAGAUUCUUUAUCACCAAGUAGUGGGACUUCCUUGUGAGUUCUGUAAAAAUGCAUAGUUGUAGCGCCAAUUUAUCAAUAGAAAAGAAAAAAAAAAAUCUUGAGCAAUAUCCUUGUGGAAGUUUGGAUUCUUUAGGGAAUGUUUAUGAAGGGAUGCUAAUAUAGGAGCCAACGUAAUUACCAUAUACUUUGUAUUGCCUCAGGCUUUAUAUGUGACAAUAUACCCUUCUUUUGGUUGUUAUCCCA